GGGGGCGUGGCGUCGGGCGCCCUUCGCGGAAACACACCCGGCUCAGGGCACCGCGGGGGUCGCCGCCGGGGUAGCUGCGGGGCGCAGGCCCGGACUCGUGUGCGCCUUGGCGAGCCCGGGAAACGCGGGGCCUGGCUCUGGACACGGCCUCGCGCCCUCGGAAAGCCGAGCCUUUGUGCCCCUCCGGGGUCUUCCCUGCCUUCGGCGCGAUGCGGCUCCCGGCCGGCCUCGGCGUCCUCUGCCUGGCGCUCUGCUGCCUGGGCGGCGCGCGCGAACUCUGGAGUGGCGACCACGAGUGGAAAAAACUAAUUAUGGUUCACCACUGGCCUAUGACGGUGUGCAAUGAAGUUGCAAACAACUGUGAACACCCUCCGGAUUACUGGACGAUACACGGACUAUGGCCUGAUAAAAGCGGAGAGUGUAACCGGUCCUGGCCCUUUAACCCCGACGAGAUCAAGGGCCUUUUGCCGGACAUGAGGCUCUACUGGCCCGACGUGCUCCACUCGUCUCCCAACCACAGCGUCCACUUCUGGAGGCACGAGUGGGAGAAGCACGGCACCUGCGCCGCCCAGCUGGAUGCCCUCAAUUCCCAAAGGAAAUACUUUGGCAAAACUCUGGAUCUGUAUAAGGAGCUUGCUCUGAACAGCACGCUCCAAAAGCUGGGGAUAAAACCAUCCAUCAGUUACUACCAGAUUUCAGAUAUUAAGGAUGCCCUGGUCGGUGUGUACGGAGUGGUGCCCAAAGUCCAGUGUCUUCCACCCAAAUCGGGCGAGAAGGUGCAGACCCUCGGGCAGAUAGAGCUGUGCCUGACCAGGGACCUGCAGCUGCAAGACUGUCCAGAACCCGGGGGGCCGGCGCCCCAGAGGCGGGACGCAGGGCCGGGAGGGACCCCGAUCCUGGGGCUGGAGAUCUGUGCGGACGGCCCGGUCUUUUACCCGCCCCCCAAAGAGACCGAGCACUGAUGCCCAGGUUUUGGGAAGAGUCUGCAUGUUGAGAAUCAAGAGGUGAUGGAAGACCACCGCUUCUUACAAAGCAGCUCGAAAGUGAGAAAUCUGUCCGCGGCCUUCGCUACCUAAGCCUGCCCUGUUGGGUUCCUUUCUGCCCUGAUUGUCGUGGCGCAGGUACAAAUGGCGCGAACCCUGGCUACGCUGAGAGGGAGGAGAGCCCCCCACCUGGUGGCUGCUUUGUGCUUGGAAUCACGCUUCUGGUUUUCUUCUUUCCUCCUCUCUCGCUCCCUGGAAGACAAGCAGGCACCCUUGGCCUUUGGGCCAGUGGUCCAGGUCCAGACGAACUCCCCUGGAUCCCUCGGCCAGCUGCCUUUUUGCUCUGAGUACAUGUUGGGGGGGGGGGGGAUGUUGGGACUGACCCCCAAGCAGGAGUCAGGCGACUUGGAGCGGGGCUGACAGCUCCUGUUCCACUUUCACCCGCCAGCACCGCCGUGCCUGGACAUGGGUGUACCCUCUGAGGGCCCUGGUGCUGGCAGGGGAGUUGCUCUGGGUCCGGGGGCUGUAGGCUUCUUCUCUCUUCUCGCCAGAGGAAGUCUGGGGGUAGGACUGAGUGCCAGCCAGCAUCCCCCACCCCCAGCCCGUGGGCGUUCUUCCCCAUGGGCCGGAAAUCCUGCAGGUCAGCCUCUAGCAGCUUCCCCUUCCUUUCUAUAAGAAGGAAGCAUCAGUACCCAGAACGCUGUGGCUGCCCUGGCCCCAGGGGCAAGGCCGCACCCUCGGGCAGUGAGGCCAGCUGAUGCACCCAGGCUCAGCUGCGCUGCUGCAGGCACCAUCCUACCUGCCAGAUGGCGUUUCACCUGUAAAAGGACCAUCCCUGCUGGUCUGUGAAUGGACUUCCCCUACUUGAUUAAAACUGCUUUUCACGUUC